AUAAAACAUAAUGAUAUACUUAAACAACUUUUAAAUUUACCUGAUUACCAAAUUUUUGAUGCAUCUACACUUCUUCAAACAAUGACAUAUUCUCGGGAAAAUCGUAAAGAAGAAAUAAUUUCUGCCUAUUUACAAAAAAAGGCUUGUGAGUUUAUAGGAACUAGUUUUUAUAAACAUGAUUACACUAUUAAUAUAUUAAAAUCAAAAAUUAAAAAAUUAAAACAAAAGAAUCGGCGUUUAAAAAGACUUAAAUCUGAAUCUAGACUUCAAUCUUCUUUUAAUACUCAUUCACUUUCCAUGAAAAUAGCAAGAUCCAAACAAUCUAAACAAAAACAAGUUUCAAAAAUUUGGGCUUCUGUUCGUAAAGCGAAAAAAAUUUGCCCUGUUCAAUUCCAAUGUCUUCAAUAUUGCCUAGAAAAUAUUUAUGAAUUAUUUGGCAAUGAGUUAAAUGAUGCUAAAUGUGAGUUGAAUGCAAUAGACUUUGAAAAUUUCCAUACAUCAUUAUAUACUGGAAUAGAAAGUACAUUAAAUGGAUUCAUUAAAUGGAUGAAAACCUGGAUUCACUUACCCCUUUCUGUUUGUCGAUUAGGUGGUGUAAAUGGACCUGAAUUUGCUUGUACUUUUUUAAUUGUAUUUUUCAAUAAAAAUUUUUUAAAAGCUCCUACCCCAAAAGAGAUUUCUUAUAUCAAGCUUUUGAAAGAAGACCUAUCUAGUGGAUGUUUGAACACUUUUGGGCUAUUAAAAGCGUUAGCACAUCACGAUUUUUUUGAAGAAUUUGAGGCCUUUGCUGGUUCUGAUGAAUCACGUAUUCAACUUUCGGGUUUGGACAGUGGAGUUCAAAAAAUUUCUCAAGAUAUAUUGCGAAGUAUACGGAAAGAAAUUAAUAAUUCUAAAGGCACUAAGCAAUUAGAAUUAGAAAGUGUCGAGUUUCUAAAGAAGAAAAGGCUUAUGAAAUUCUCAGCAGCUUUCUUACCUGGUGACAACGUAACAAAAAAGCUACAGAUUGAUAAGCUGUGA